AACUACAGAAAAAUACAUCUCUCUCUCUCUCUCUCUCUCUCGCUCUCUCUCUUCCUUCCUUACAUAUAAAAGAAUAGUAAACUCUCCUAGAAGCUGAUAAGGUAUAUAAGCCAAUGAUCAUUCCAAUUGUGCAUCUACUUCCGAUUGAAGAAAUCCAUAUAUAUUUUCUUUUAUGUGAUAUAUAAUUAAGUCUCACUCACUCUCUUUUCCUUCUCUUACACUAAAUUUUGUCCACUCAGUGUUUCUUCAAAUCUUCUCUCUCUCUUUCAAUAUGGCAGCCAGAUUAUCACCAAGGCUUUUAAGACUGGUGGCAUAAGCCUAGUUAGAAGAUAAUGACUAGUAAUGGGAUGGCCUUCUUCUCAACAAAUUUCAUGCUACAACCUCCACAUGAAGAUGACAAUCAACAUCCCACUUCUCUCAAUCCAAUCCUACCUUCAUGCACACCUCAAGACUUUCAUGGGGUUGCAAGUUUCCUAGGGAAGAGAUCCAUGUCAUUUUCAGGUGUGGAAUUGGGAGACGAUGGUAAUGGGGAGGAUGAUUUGUCUGAUGAUGGGUCACAAGUAGGGGAGAAGAAGAGGAGGCUUAACAUGGAACAGGUUAAGACACUUGAGAAGAACUUUGAGUUGGGAAACAAGCUUGAGCCAGAGAGGAAAAUGCAGUUGGCUAGAGCUCUUGGUCUGCAGCCAAGACAGAUUGCUAUAUGGUUCCAAAACAGGAGAGCAAGGUGGAAGACAAAACAGUUGGAGAAAGACUAUGAUCUUCUUAAGAGACAGUUUGAAGCAGUCAAAGCAGAUAAUGAUGCACUCCAAGCUCAGAACCAAAAACUUCAAGCAGAGAUACUGGCACUAAAAAAUAGAGAACCAACAGAAUCUAUCAACCUCAAUAAAGAAACUGAGGGUUCCUGCAGCAAUAGAAGUGAGAAUAGCUCUGAGAUCAAGUUGGAUAUCUCAAGGACACCAGCUAUUGAUAGCCCUCUAUCCACUCAUCCAACAAGCAGACCACUAUUUCCAGCUUCUAUGAUAAGGCCUCCAGGUGUGGCUCAACUCUUCCAAACCACAUCAAGGCCUGAACUUCAAUGCCAAAAGAUGGACCACAUGGUCAAAGAAGAAAGCUUAAGCAAUAUGUUUUGUGGCAUGGAUGAUCAAUCAGCCUUUUGGCCAUGGUUGGAGCAGCAACAUUUCAAUUGAAUUUGAAUAUUAUUAUCCCAAAGUGAUGAAAGUCUUCAAGAGGGGUUGAUUAAUUUGACCUUUGUUCAUCAUGGUGCUUUUAAUUAAAACCAUAUUUUGGUACUUUAGAAGAAUAUUGGUGUAUAAAUUAAACUAGAAUAUAGCAAGUUGAAUUUCCAAGUGGGGUUGAUAAACUAUAUGGAGGAAUAAAAGGGUAUGUGUCUUGGAGUUUUAUACA